AUGGGGUAUUUGGCCGGUAUGACCAGUCUUGGUAUUCGUAUUGAACGAGCAGUCGCCGUUGACGCUGGGAUACGUAUCAUCCCCAAAACCGAAGACGAUUAUCGCAGGAUAAUCCGUCUUUUCAAAGAGGAAAACAUUCCUCAUCACACUUUCCCUUUGCCCACUGAGCGCAACAACCAUGCGGUUAUCAGAGGUAUCCCAGCAUCAACCACCGAACAGGAGGUCAAAGGUGAGCUAGAACAGAAGGGUUACGCUCCCUUUCACAUCAUUCGCCUAAAGCGCAACGGCGGCGUGCCCAUGCCCUUGAUGGUGGUGAUCCUGCCUAAGACGGAGAAGUCACAGCAAGUGUUCAACGAGCACGAAUUGCUGGGGCUCUCUAUCAGAGUCGAAGUUCAGAAGAACUCUCGACUCAUUGGGCGAACUCCACCGUUGCCGAUCGGUCUUUCUAAUAUAAUUGCGAACCAUCUGAAAGCAACACAAGGCAUCAAAAUGAGAUCGUUGAUAAUCAGGGGACAGAAUGGGAUCCCAACCCGUUCUGCCCCACACCGUUCUGCCCCACAAGCUACUCAUAACAAAACAUAA